AUGAUCAAGGCCAUCUUCUACAGCAAGUUUGACACGCAAUCAGGCCGCAAAGUUGUCCAUCAGGUCCCCGAUGGCGCUAUAGUCCCUUCCUCCACCGCUCCGCCCGGAAGCACCCCGCUCUUCAACUUCUCCGAUAUAUCCUUUUUUGUGAUCCCAAGACAGGAGCUCUGCGGAAACCUCAUCCAGGUUUGCACCAAUGGUCACCGCGUCCUCGGGUUUCCCGUGUGCAUCAAAUCGCCCAGCUACGAUCGCAAUGAGUUUAUCUUCAAUUUCUGCGUCGUGCUCGCGGAGGAGGACGAAUGGGGAAGCUUCAAGAGCGUCGUGCAGAAGUUGGCGGAUUUGAUGUGCGAGCUGGAGGAGCAGUCGGGCUUCUUGUCAAAAGAUCCCUCACCGGGUGGAGAAGGCAAGGUACACAGCUUGUGCGAGACAUUGAUGGAGGACCUGAAUAAUUACUGCGAGUGCAUGAUCCCAAUCGAUGAUUUGAAUACCCUGAACGUCAAGCUAUUUCCACUUUAUCCUUCGCCGCCUCCAGUGAAAGCAUGGCAGGUACCGCUGUUCACUGUUCGAUAUGAAGCAUUCAUGGACGAAAAUUGGGAUAUCACUGUACAACGGAUCGUCCCGUACAUCAACGGAGUUAAUAGCAUCCGAGCAAUUGCCGUACUGGCAGACGCCAAUUUCUCGUUAACAUGCCGCGCGAUCCGUCAUCUUGUCUACUACGGAUGUGUUUUCCUUCUCGAUAUCUUUUCUUUCUCCGCCAUAUACGCUCCAACGGCCCAGUUCGGCUUCACCAUCGCUUCCGAUGAGGAGAUGCAGCGCGAAUGCGCUCGUUACGUCAACACUCGCUUCUCCCCAACUUUAGCUCCUGCAAAAACUGCCGGAUCGCGGCAAACAGGGUCAAGAGGUCGAAACGACGCAUCCCGGCGUGAGAGACAAGCCUGGGCAGAUCAAGAUAAUAUCUGGCCACAGAUGGGCAAAGAUGCCAGAGCUACCGGUCCCGGACACACAGGCAAGCAGUCUCAGAUAGUAGACGGCGUCGGGAUCGUCGAACUAUAUGCGAGCUUAAAACAAGGCCAAAGCGUCAAGCAGUGGUACCUGGAGCACACGCGCGAACUUGCCAACAUUGAUGUUCGACGCUUUAUCACUUUCGGAGUUAUAAAGGGAUUCCUGUACCGCGUCCACAAAUAUCCAUAUGCGACGGGCCAGCCCGCGCAGACAACGACAGUGACGACCACGCUCGCCAACGGCACGCAGCAGAUAUCGUUCCUCUCCAGCUCACCGUCGUUCACGCGCAGUCGCAUGGGCUCCACCGCCAGCGGCAUCGAGUCGAUGAGCUCAUUUACCUCCCGACGUCGGAAGAGCGGACACUUGAUCGGACCUACUGAACUGCACUCCCACGCCGAGGAUCAUUCGGGGGAUGAGAAUGACCAUAAUGAGGAUGAGGACGGAGAGGGAGAAGGAGGAGUGGAAGAAGAUGGUAUUGAUGAUAAGACGCUAACGAAGUUCCUAGACGGGAUGCAUUGCUUCGAUGAGAUUUGCACGGAGCUGGAAAUCAGCGAGAAGGAGCUUACUUCAAGGUUAAAGCGAUAUCCAGGAGAAGUGUUGAUCAUUCAUCGAUGAAGUAUCCAGGUUACGGAUCGAUGGUGGGAAGUUCGGGAGUCAUUGGCUACUUAAUAUCUGAUGGUAUGAUACCCCUCAAUGGACAUCUUUUCCGGGAACAUGUUG